AUGGCAAUCGCGAUAUCCUUUGGCGAUGCGAACUACGGCCUCCAAGCCGGGAUCAUCAACGGCCCGGUCCAUGCCGAGUUCCAUCCGGCUCCUGAGACCCCACCAAACCCCUCAUCCACCGUGCCUUUCCGUCGCGAUGUGGAUUUCGUAGAGCGAGGGUUGAUACUUGAUCAAAUUCACCACAAGUGUGCCACACCAGGCUCUUGGACUGCGCUCGUUGGCUUGGGAGGCGUCGGUAAGUCGCAACUCGCCAUUGAAUACACGUACCGAGUCCGAGUGCGAUCGCCUGAAAUAUGGGUUUUCUGGGUCCAUGCCAGCAACGCUGCUCGAUUUGAGCAGAGCUAUCGAGACAUUGCAGACUCCGCAAAGAUACCCGGGCGACAGAACCCUAAGGCCAACAUAUUCAAGCUCCUGCAUGACUGGCUGCGCGAUAGCCAAGGACGAUGGAUACUUAUUCUCGAUAAUUUAGAUGAUGCUAGGUUCCUAGUAGACGCCCAGGUGAACGGCCAAAGUGAGUCGGAUGAGUCAUGGGGCGCUUCCAAGCCGCUGCGGGAUUAUCUGCCUAAAAGCCAGAAUGGAGUGAUUCUUAUAACUUCGAGGAACAGAGAGGCAGCACUGGAGCUUGUCGAACAGUGCGACAUUAUUGAAGUCGAACCAAUGGACGAGGUGCCCUCCAUGGCCCUGUUUAAAAGAAAGCUAGAGAACGUAGAGAAGAAACUUGGAGUAGAAGUUGACAAUAAAGACCUUGCCGAACUUGCAGCAGCGCUUGAGUUUAUGCCGCUUGCUAUCGUUCAAGCGGCGGCUUACAUCUCCGAACGAGCGCCGCGGUGUUCAGUGCGACAGUACUUGGAACAGUUUCGGAAGAGCGAUCGCAAGAGAACGACUCUCUUAGAUCAUGAAGGGGGCUGGUUACGUCGGGACCGAGAAGCAAAGAACUCAAUUAUCAUUGCUUGGCAGAUAUCAUUCAAUCAUAUCCGUCAGACAAGACCAUCAGCAGCUGACUUGCUAUCGCUGAUGAGCUUUUUCGAUCGCCAAGGGAUUCCAGAAGCGCUACUUAAAAUAUCGACUAAGCAAAGAGACUCCCAGAGAUAUCGGAAAGAGCGCGAUGAUGGUGAGUGGGAUGAUGAUGAUUAUUCAUCGCAAUCUAGCCAGGGUGACGAGUUUGAGGACGAUGUAGUUGCGCUUGACAUACUGCCCACGCUUUUCCCACACGCGAAAUUGGCGAUAACGCAGCAGCCAAAAGAGUCAUAUUCAUUAAGAGAUUGGGCUUCGAUACUGUACAGGACAGCUUGGUAUGCAUGGGAAAUGGGAAAUGGGGUUGAAGCGGAGAAGAUGUCAUUCCAGGCGAUGAAGGUGAGGAAGAAGAUUCUUGGUCAAGAGCAUGAAGAUACGCUUUCAAGUAUGGCAAUGGUAGGGAAUCAAGGCCGAUGGGACGCGGCUGAAGAGCUAGAGGUGCAAGUGAUGGAGACUCGCAAGACGAAACUUGGAGAAGACCAUCCCUCCACGCUGACUAGCAUGGCCAACCUAGCAUCAACUUUUUGGAAUCAAGGUCGAUGGGACGCGGCCGAAGAGCUAGAGGUGCAAGUAAUGGAGACUCGCAAGACGAAACUCGGAGCGGACCAUCCUUCUACACUAACUAGCAUGGCCAACCUAGCGUCGACGCUUUUGAAUCAAGGUCGAUGGGACGCCGCCGAAGAGCUGUUUGUGCAAGUGAUGGAGACAAGCAAGACGAAACUUGGAGCAGACCACCCAGAUACGCUGGCUAGCAAGGCCAACCUGGCGUCGACGUACAGGAAUCAAGGCCGAUGGGACGCGGCCGAAGAGCUAGAUGUGCAAGUGAUGGAGACUCGCAAGACGAAACUCGGAGCAGACCAUCCGGACACGCUGAUUAGCAUGGCUAACCUAGCAUCGACGCUUUGGAGUAAAGGCCGAUGGGAUGCGGCCGAAGAGUUGUUCGUGCAAGUGAUGGAGACAAACAAGUUAAAACUCGGAGUAGGCCAUCCUUCCACGCUAACAAGCAUGGCCAACCUAGCGUCGACGUACCGGAAUCAAGGCCAAUGGGACGCGGCCGAAGAGCUAGAGGUGCAAGUGAUGGAUACUUGGAAGACGAAACUUGGAGUAGACCAUCCUUCCACGCUGACUAGCAUGGCCAACCUAGCAUUGACUCUUUGGAGUCAAGGACGAUGGGACGCGGCUGAAGAGCUAGAGGUGCAAGUAAUGGAGACUCGCAAGACGAAACUCGGGGCAGACCAUCCAGACACGCUAGCUAGCAUGCAUAAUCUUUCCUGCACGUGGAAAGCAAUCGGUAGAGUAACGGAAGCCGUAAGAUUGAUGGAGGAAUGUGUACAACUACAGAAACGCGUCUUAGGAGUAGGCCAUCCUCACACCCUAUCAUCCAUUAAAUCUUUGGCCAAAGCUAAAGCUAAGAGGAAUUUAUUGUUAAGCAAAUGA